UAUGAGGUUAUCUACUGAGGAAAGUUAAGAGAAUGAUGAAUAAUUAGAAGAUAUCAAAAAGAAAUUCAUUUAUUAAACUGAAAAGAUGAGAUUAUUAUUGGAAGUACCUAUAGAAAGGCGAAAUAAAGCAAUUUGUUAAGAUAUCGCUUAGAUUGCUGGAGUAAAAUUUGUAAUGAUUAUAAAAAGGAAAUUCAAUUUCUCAAACAAUACAGAGAUAAGCCAAAUUUUUUAGACUUAUGUAAACAUCUGUUUCUAAAGACUUAUAAUAAACGAGAAUAUAUAUUUUAAUAAGGUGAAACAGGUGAUGCUUUUUAUGUUAUUUUAAGUGGAAGUGUAAAGGUGUAUAUAGAGGAGCCAACAGAGUUUAGAAAUUUUAUGUAAUUGGUAAAAUAUACAUUACGAUAUAGAAAGAAAUCGCAAUUUUAUAGAAAGGAGAUGCUUUUGGAGAAAUUUCUUUACUUUAUAAUUCUAAACGAACAGCUGCAGUAAUGGCAGCAGAAAAAAGUGACUUAAUUAUUUUGACAAAAGAGAAUUUUGAAGAAUAUUUAAAGAAUGAUAGCAAAUAAGAAAUGUAGACAGCAAAUUUAAAUAAAUUAAUUCAAUUCCUUGAAAAGGUUCCAAUUUUUAAAAUGUUUUCAAAAUCUUUAUUAGUUUAAAUCUGUACAAAAUGUACAAUUGAACAUUACUCUUCCUAAUAAAUUUUAAUUAAAUAAGGAACUGAACCUUCUAAUAUGUAUAUAAUAAAAUAGGGAUGUGUGAAAGUAAUUAGAAAAAUAAAACUAAAUUAUGGUAGUAUGACAUCAAGAGAGGAAUUGAUGUAAAAAAAACAAGAUCUAUUUUAUGACAUUGAUGAACUUAGUGAUUAUGAUGUUUUCGGAGAUUAUGCAAUAUUAAAUGAAAUAGAAUCUGAUUGUUCUUACAUUACAGCCAUUCCUUGUUAAAUUAUAACUAUAAGUUCAUUUAAUGUUAGAAAACUUCUACCUAUGGACAUUGUGUAAAUAUAUAAAUCAUAAUUAAAACGAUAUCCUGAUGAUGAAGAUCUUUAGUAUUUAUUUGAAGAAAAAGAGAGGUGGAAUCAUUAUAAGAGAAAGCUAAUUCGAAAUAUUAAGAUAGAGAAAUAGAAUAAGAAAGGUUUUGAUUUAAGAUUGAGAUUGCCAGAAUUAAAAACAAAAGAACUAUCACCACCAAUAAAUAUCGUUGAUAUCAAAACUAGUGAUAGUAGAAUUUACUUUAAGUUCUUGGAAUCUAAGAUUAGUCCUUUAGCAGAUAGUAAAAAGAAAGUUUCUUAACUAACUUAGGUAGGAUUUAAUUCUUAAAUAAUUAAAGACUUAGAAUUAUCAUAAGCAUAAUAAGCCUUUUAAAGAAAACUCAAAAAAUUAUAAUACAAAAAGUAUUGA